CCAGUCAGCUCAGCUGACAGUCGCGCAUGCGCAGUGAUCAUCAGCUGUCCUGGCGGGAAAGUAAAAACGAAGAGAGGAUGUCAACAAACCGAGCGGUCACUAAGUGUAAAACAUCCGGAUGUCAGUGAUGUCUCAGAGAACAGAUCCAGUGUUUGUCUCGUCUCUCGGUAAAGGAGACAAUUUACAUCAACAAGUGUUAGCAGCUUUCCCUCUGUGUCGGAUCUCAGAGGAGGAUCUGAUCCAGAACCCAGGGUUCUGCAGGUUACUGGCCACUCUGUGUCAGCACGUGGACAGAACCGGACUCACACAGCACCUCAGGAGGGACCGAGAGAAGGCCGAGCGCGAGCUGCACGCUCAGAGGUUGUGUUGGCUGCGUGUGGAGAGCCUUCAUCGGGUUCUGAGAGAAAUGGUCCAGGAGAACCGCUUCAGUAAAGCCUCCAGUGCUCUGACAGUGGAGGACAAGUUCUGCAGCACACUGGAGCAGUGUUUGACGGUGGCUCAGUGUGUGAAACAGAUGGACAUCAGCUCUGAUAGCAGUGAAGAUCACAGCGGCAUUCUGGGACUGACUGCUGAAAGAGUCCUGAGACUAAUGCCUCCUGAACAGGAGCUGCUAGAGAUGAAGCAGAGGUUGUCAUCAGAACUCCUGCAGCAUCUGAAGAAGAAGGCCGUCAGUGUCCUGACAUACUAUCAGCCGGAGUGGGAGAAUGAAAGCGAGGGUCUCAGGAGUGUGAAGCUUUCCAAACUUCCUGAACUGCUGGACGCUGAACAAAAGAGAGCCAAGAGCCUUACAGAGAAGAAUCGAGAGAACGAGGCACUACUGCAGAGACAAACACACGCUUACCUGUCUGAGCUGCUGAAGUGCAUGAACAUCCUUCAGCGUCUCGUCCUGGAUCUCCGGCUCAAGGCUCAGAAAGAGCUAGACAGGAAGAAGAUUGAGUACUUCCAGGCCAAAUGUGAGAUCGGUUUGCAGAAGAUCAGAGCCGAGAUGCUGGAGGUUCAGCUGGACACGUACACAAGAGACAAGAUCACGGCUCACAAGAAGAUCACGGAGAAGCUGAGAGCGGAGCUGAAGUCCUCAGAGCUGGACAAACAGACGCUGGAGUCCAAGCUGACCUCCUUCCAGAUCUAUGGCCAGGACUUUGAGGCUCUCGCAGAGGAAUAUUCCAGACUCCGGCAGGAAAUUGCCACCAAAUCCUGGGCGCUGAAGGAAUUCUCCACAUGAGCAACGCUGAAGCUAAUCCGAUCUCUCCUCAGUUCUGUCCUGCUUUUCAAUUCAUUUGUUCUGGUUCAUUUAAUGUUAGUUUACAAAAAAAAAACACGUCUAAAUCAACAAGUCCACAUGGAGUCAGAAUCGACUGUAUUCAUAAAUAAGACAAAUUUGAUUUGUUUUCUUGAUUUUAUUAUCAUUAUUUUACUGAUAUAUGGCUUCUACAUUGAAUAAAUACAUGAGUAGUUUGUAUUCUGAGUUAAUAAAUUACAUUUUAGACAUAAA